AUGUCUUCGACACCCAUAGAACUGCAGCCGCUGCAAGCUGAGUUGCUGCAGCAGCAGCAGCUGCUGCUGCAGCAGCAGCAGCUGCUGGAGCAGCAGCUAAAAGAGCUACAGGACCAGCAGCAGCUGCUGCUGCAGCAGCAGCCGCAUCAGGGGCCUCCACCUCGACAGCAGCAGCAGCUGCAGCAGCAGCAGCAGCAUCACGCCCCCACAGUGGGGGGCCCCCUCAGCAGCAGCGGGGGGCCCCCCCCUGCCUCUGCUGCAGGCGCUGUGCUGCAGCUGCAGCUGCCUGCAGCACCGCAGCAGCAGCAGCAGCAACUCCAGCAGCAGCAGCAACUGCAGCAGCAGCAGCAACUGCAGCAGCAGCAGCAACUGCAACAGCAGCAGCAACUGCAGCAGCAGGCUGUUGAGCCGCUGCUGCAGCAGGAAGCAGCAGCAGUACUAUCGGAAGCUCUGAUGCCGGCUGCUGCAGCAAGCAGAGUAGACACAGCAGCAGCAGAUGCUGCUGCUGCUGCUGCUGCUGCUGCUGCAACACAGCCCGCGCCCACGCCGCAGCAGCAGCAAAUGGUGCAGCAGCAACUGCUGCAGCAGCAGACGGAAGGCGACGGAAGACCAGAAGAAGCAGCAGCAGCAGCAGCAGCAACUGCUGCUGCUGCUGGUGGCUGGACAGAGGACCUACAGCAGCAGCUGCUGCUGCUGCAGCAGCAAGAGCAGCAGCUGCUGCAGCAGGAGGAGUUCCUGCGGCUGCAGCUGCAGCAAAAGAAGUCAUCCAGGUCGCAGCAGAAGGAUGUUGCUGCUGCUGCAGAGACAGCAGAGACACAGCAGCAGCAACCGCAGCAGCAACAGCAGCAGCAGCAGCAGCAGCAACGCGAAGCCUUUCUGCUGCUGCAGCAGCAAGAGUGGCGCGGGGUUGAGCUGCUGCAGGAGGAACAGCCACAGGGGAGACAGCAGCAAAUCGAAUUCAUACUCAACGCGCAGCGCUGCCGUCUUGUGAUAUAUGCAGCAGCAGCGGUGCAGCAGCAGCAGCACCAGCAGCAGCACCAGCAGCAGCACCAGCACCAGCAGCAGCAGCAGCAGCAGCAGCAGCAUCUGCUGCAUACAAACACUGCAGCAGCUGCAGCUGCCGCAGCGGAGAUUGGGGGCCCCACUGGGGGCCCCCAGAUAAAUGAAGACGCAGCGAGGGGAGGUGAGGCCACACACGACCGAGAAAGGAAAGAGCAGCACCUGCAGCAGCAGCAGCAGCAGCAGCAGCAGCAGCACCAGCAGCAGCAGCAGCAGCAGCAGCAAGCAGCAGCAGCAAGCAGCAGCAGCAGGAGGAGUAACAGCAACAAGAGCAACAGCAGCAAGAGCAACAGAAGCAGCAGAAGGAAAAACAGAAGCAGGAAGAGCAGCAGAAACAGCAGCAGCAGCAGCAACAGCAGCAACAGCAGUAACAGCAGCAACAGCAGCAGCAACAGCAACAGCAACAGCAGCAGCAACAGCAGCAUGGGGAGAGCGGUAUAUUCUAAUUCUGAAGACGCUAAAGGGAAUUUCAUUGGGUGUGUUGCUGCUGCGCUUCAUGCUGCAGCAGCAGCAGCAGCAGCAGCAGCAGCAGCAGCAGCAGCAGCAGCAGAACUGCAGCAGCAGCAGAACAGCAGCAGCAGCAGCAGAACUGCAGCAGCAGCAGAACAGCAGCAGCAGCAGCAGCAGCAGCAGCAGCAGCAGAAGACAGCAGCAAGGACAAUCCAUACCUGGUUGAUUCCUCGAUGCGAUAGUUUUGGUGCUAACAGCAGCAGCAGCAGAUGCAGCAGCAGCAAGCUGCUGCAGCAGCAGCACCGUCUGCAGCAGGGCCCUACGCACACCCUGGGGGCCCCCCCCCACCACCGCAGGAUUAAUAACAGUAUUUAA